AUGAUGCUGAGGAAGAGCUCGGAGCUGCUCCGGGGAGACAGAGAGGUCCUCCUGGACCUGGACACUGGAGCUGAAGCACAAACCACAGACAGCUAUGGGAGUCUGCAGAACGGGGGCUUCAUCCCACCACGAUAUGUGACAGCAAAUGCUGAUGACGACGUGGACGAUCCCGUUUAUGUUCACUGUGGUACAAGAAGUAAGCAACCAGUUCCUCAGCCGGGGAACUACUUCAGAGAUGGAAGGACUAAAAUCGACUUUGUGCUGGUGUGGGAGAUCCGCUCGCGUAGGAAGCGACGAGGGAAGGGGAAGAGCGAGAUGAACGCUCAGGAGGGGGAGGAUGCUGCUGCUGCUGCUGCUGCUGCUGAGGAGAGCAGCAGGUCUGAGCGAAGGAAAGCACAGCUGGCACAGUGGAGGGAGAAGUUUGUGCAGAAUCUGGAGAGCGUUGGAUUGCUCAUGGAGAAGGAGGAAACGGCCAAUGAAAAGAAAACAAUCCAUUUCCUUAAAAUCAGCGCCCCCUGGGAGAGUAAAAUGUUCUUUAAACUUAAUCGGUGCACGUUUGGCUUCCAGGCACAACCACAUCUGGACCUGAACACAUCAGCUCGGGUGCUGAGCAGACUAUGCAUACCCAACGUCAUGAAGGAGUCGGUGCCCAGCAGGCCACUGGACUACUACACAUGUGCCUUCCGCAAGUCCAAGAUGAGCAGAUUCCUUGGCUGUGAAGACCGUGAAACCUACUUCAGUAACACACAGAGACACCGUGUUGUGUACGAGAUUCUCGCCAGGACCAUGUACGGCAAAAGGAAGAGGGCCGAGGUCGGUGUGGACAGACUGGUGAACGAGGGCGCCUACACAGCAGCCUUCCCCCUGCAUGAGGGUCCUUUCCAGCUUCCAAAGUACGAGAUCCGCCCAGAUGAGCUGAACCAGAGGCAGGUUCUGUACCACUACUGGGCCCGCUGGUGCAAAUGGUACAAGUACCAACCGCUGGACCACAUCAGGGAGUACUUCGGAGAGAAGAUUGCCCUGUACUUCGCCUGGCUGGGUUUCUACACAGCCUGGCUGCUGCCCGCUGCAGUGGUUGGAACCUUGAUCUUUGUGUCUGGAGUCAUGUCCAUGGGCAACAACACGCCGGCUAAGGAGAUCUGCAGCAGCGGAGCGAGCUACCUGAUGUGUCCGCUCUGUAAAACCUGCCAGGCCUGGAACAUGUCUGAAAUCUGCACCAUGGCUAAGCUGGGCUACCUGUUUGAUCACCCAGGCACCGUGUUCUUCAGCGUGUUCAUGUCCUUCUGGGCUGUAACAUUUCUGGAGUACUGGAAGCGAAAGAUGGCCACUCUGUCCCAUCACUGGGACUGCAUGGACUUCCACGAAGAAGAGGAGCGUCCUCGGCCAGAAUUUGCAGCCAUGGCCCCGACGAUGGAGCAGAAUCCAGUGACGGGGAUCAAAGAGCCCUACUUUCCAGAGAAGACCAGGCUGUCUCGCAUGUUCACUGGCUCCAUGGUCAUCGUGAUGAUGCUGUGUGUGGUGAUGAUCUUCCUGGUGACGGUGGUCAUGUGCCGCGGCAUCAUCAGCGUGAUGAUGUUCCACACCGGGAGCCCUGUGCUGCGUACGGAGGCGGGGACCAUAGCCAACAUCUCCAGCAGCAUCGUAAACCUGGGCCUCAUCCUGCUGAUGGGGCGCGUCUACACCGCGUUGGCUGAGCAGCUCACUAAAUGGGAGAUGCACAGAACACAAACCCAAUAUGACAAUGCUUUCAUCUUCAAGGUGUUCAUCUUCCAGUUCGUCAACUUCUACUCGUCUCCCUUCUACGUUGCUUUCUUUAAAGGAAGGUUUGUGGGCUACCCGACCAACUAUGGAACCUUGUUUGGGAUGAGAAAUGAAGACUGUGGUCCUGGGGGUUGCCUCAUUGAACUGGCUGAGCAGCUCUUCAUCAUCAUGGUGGGAAAGCAGCUCAUCAACAACAUCCAGGAGUUCAUCUUACCGAAAGUAAAGGCCUGGCGCCAGAAGAGAACUUUGGCUAAGGUCAUCGGAGGAAAGGGGUCUGGUGAGCCUCGGCGCUGGGAGGAAGACUACCAGCUGGUGGAGUGUGAGGGUCUGUUUGAAGAAUACCUGGAGAUGGUGCUUCAGUUUGGGUUCAUCACCAUCUUCGUGGCAGCGUUCCCCCUCGCCCCGCUCUUUGCCCUCCUCAACAACUGGGUGGAGAUCCGUCUGGACGCCCACAAGUUUGUGUGUGAAUAUCGCCGUCCGGUGGCUGAACGGGCUCAAAAUAUCGGAGUCUGGUUCAACAUCCUGGAGGCCCUGUCGCACCUGUCCGUCAUCGCCAACGCUUUCCUAAUAGCCUUCACAUCCGAUUUUUUACCUCGCCUGCUCUACCAGUACAAGUUCGGUGAUGAUCUUAAUGGAUACGUGAACUUCACCUUGGCUUACGCACCACUGAAUUACACUGAGUACCCCAUGUGCAGAUAUAAAGCUUUCAGAGACAACAAUGGAAACUACACAUUCUUCUACUGGGAACUCCUCGCUGUCAGACUUGGUUUCAUCAUUGCAUUUGAGCAUGUGGUGUUCUUCGUACUGCGAGCCAUUGACUGGAUUGUGCCCGAUGUCCCCGAGUCCCUGGAGCUGAAGAUCAAGAGGGAGCGCUACCUGGCGAAGCAAGCUCUGGCUGAAAACCAGGAGGCCCUGCUGCAAGCGACGCGUCCUUUGGAGACAUGAGUUAGGAGCCCGCCGUGGAGAAGGAGUGGAGGAGGAACAAGAGACGCUCCUUUGCAUCUGGAACAGCACGAGUGAACUUUUUCCCCCCGAGUGGAAUACGAUCUUUGAACUGGAUUGCUUUUCGCUUUAUUAAUGGAUCUGUUGCUGCUCAGAUAUUCUGAUGAGCAGGUGUGUGAUCGAGGCUCAGCUCGUCUCGGUUUGCUCGCCUUCCUCAGAAUACUUUUCAUCGACAUCAUUAAGCUUCUAUCUGGCAUCGCCCGGCUAUGUCAGGACUACGAGGAUCGGAUCUGUACUGGAGCAAGGGCAUAUAUUUAGAAUACAUAAAUGUGUAUGAAAAUCAAUAAAGAAACCACACCUGUGUCA